AUGGGAUUCGGGUUUCUUUUUUUGCUUGUAAUAUUUGUGGUAUUUCAACGAUUUUUCUGUUUUUUCUUCGUUUUGUUCAACUGUAAGAUGGUUUUCUUGUAUCUCAUCUUUUUUAUCUUCUUUAGUUUCCUUUUUAGUUUCCUUCAUAGUUUUCUUUAUAGUUUUUUUUAUAGUUUUUUUUAUAGUUUUCUUUAUAGUUUACUUAAUAAUACCUUUCAUUUCUGUUUUAAGUUUCUUCACAGUACUUUUCUAAGCGUCAUUAUUUUGUCUUACCGUGUUAUAGCCGUCGAUGUGUUUCUUUUCUGUCUCUAUGAGGCGGUCGAUGGUGAAAUGUACGAUUUGGUCUUUUGUUGGGAUGAACUGAUUUUUGUCGUCCUUUUUUGA